AUGCAGAAUCAAGAUGCUGCCAUCAAGAAACAGGAAACACAGAUUGAAUUCCUAUUCAAGCAAACCCCUGGGCACAACAAUUGCAGCAAUAUUAACUCAAUACCAAGGGAAGAAUGUCAGGCCAUCACCCUCAGGAGUGGGAAGGAAUUGAAGGAGACCCACAAGAAACCACCAGAGAAGGAAUUGGAUGAAGAAAAUAAGGGACAUGAGGAAUCUCACACCUCAAUCCCCAAGUCACAUCAAGAAAGAGAAGUGCCCAAUCCAUGCCUCUCAAAGGCCCCAUACCCACAACAGUUGCAAUUAAAGAAGAAGGGAGAGGACAAUCAAUUCUCAAGAUUUUGGGAGAUCUUCAAGAAAUUACAAAUAAACAUACCCUUUGCUGAAGCCAUCGAGCAAAUGCCACUCUAUGCCAAGUUCUUGAAGGAGUUGAUGACCAAAAAGAGAAGCUGGAAGAAUAAUGAGACUGUGGUACUUACAGAAGAAUGUAGCGCCAUCAUCCAACACAAAUUGCCUCAAAAAUUGAAGGAUCCUGGGAGUUUCCAAAUCCCUUGUAUCAUUGGAGAAAUCACUGUGGAAAAGGCUUUAUGUGAUCUAGGAGGCAGCAUAAAUCUAAUGUCUCUAGCAAUGAUGAAAAAGAUGAAGAUUGAAGAAGCCAAACCAACAAGAAUGGCCCUCCAACUAGCAGACAGGUCAUUCAAAUUUCCCCAUGGGGUACUAGAAGACUUGUUGGUGAAGGUGGGAGACUUUAUUUUCCCAACAGAUUUUAUAGUACUAGACAUGGAAGAAGGAGCUAAGACCUCCAUCAUCCUGGGGAGGCCAUUUUUAGCCACUGCCAGAGCCAUUAUUGAUGUCCAAAAGGGUGAACUUAUCCUCAGAUUACACGAGGAGAAAAUGACAUUGAAUGUGUUUAAGGCCAUGAGAUACCCACAUGACUUAUUGGGAGAAUGUAUGAGGUUGGACUCAGUAGAAGCUUUGGUACAAGAAACUCUUGAAGAAGAGCUUGAAGCAUCAACAGAAGAGGAGUUAGCAACAAGCGAAGAAGCUGCAGCCGCUGAAAUACAUGUUCAAUGUGGGCUAGAAGAGAAGGAAGAAAGAAAAGAAGCACCCAUAUUGGAGCUUAAAGCACUGCCAACCACUCUCAAGUAUGCAUACUUGGGAGAAAAUAAAAGCUAUCCAGUAAUCAUAAAUUCAGCUUUCAGCCAAGAACAAGAGGAAGAAUUGCUUCAAGUCUUACGAAGGCAUAAAGAUGCAACUGGAUGGACACUUGCUAACUUGAAGGGAAUCAGUUCAGCCAUAUGCAUGCAUAAGAUACUCCUAGAAGAAGGUGCCAGACCUUCCAUUCAGCCCCAAAGAAGGUUAAAUCCAGCAAUGAAAGAAGUAGUGCAGAAAGAACUCAUGAAGUUGUGGCAGGGAGGAGAAAUCUAUCCAAUCUCAGACAGCCAAUGGGUUAGUCCAGUUCAGGUGGUCCCCAAGAAGGGGGGAAUCACUGUGGUGCCCAACGAAAGCAACGAGCUAAUCCCUACAAGAACCAUUACAGGCUGGAGAAUGUGUGUUGACUACAGGAAGCUUAAUGAGGCCACAAGAAAAGAUCAUUUCCUACUUCCCUUCAUGGACCAAAUGUUGGAAAGACUUGCGGGACAUGCAUAUUAUUAUUUUCUAUAUGGGUAUUCAGGAUAUAACCAAAUAGUGGUUGAUCCAAGAGACCAAGAUAAAACAUCAUUCACUUGCCCAUAUGGAGUGUUUGCCUAUAGGCGCAUGCCAUUCGGGCUAUGGCAGAGGAAAGAUAACUUAGUCCAUGUGAUAUACUAUGCUAGCAAAGUCUUCAAUGAUGCUCAAAGAAACUAUACCACUACUGAAAAGGAGUUACUAGCAAUAGUUUUUGCAUGUGAUAAGUUCAGAUCAUAUCUCAUUGGUGCUAAAGAAUUCAAUAUUGAAAUCAGAGACAAGAAAGGAGUGGAGAACAAGGUAGCAGAUCACUUAUCCAGAAUCCGUCAUGAGGAAGGUGGAACACAUGAUACAAGUGAGAACGAACUCUUCCUUGAUGAGCAAUUAAUGACAAUUCACAAAGCACCAUGGUUUGCAGACAUUGCCAACUUCAAGGCAACCGGGGCUCUACCUCUAGGGAUCAAUAAACAUCAAAAAAGAAAACUCAUAAAUGAUGCAAAAUAUUUUGUCUGGGAUGAGCCAUAUCUCUUCAAGAAGUGUUCAGAUGGAAUCCUUAGAAGAUGUGUCUCGGAAGAAGAAGGACGAGAGGAUGCUAAAGAACUAGUAAAGAGCUGCAAUGAAUGCCAAAGAUCUGGAAACUUGCCCAAAGGAAAUGAGAUGCCACAAAAUUUCAUCUUGGAACUGGAACUGUUUGAUGUGUGGGGAAUCGAUUUCAUGGGACCAUACCCAACCUCAUAUUCAAACAAGUACAUCUUGGUAGCAGUGGAUUACGUUUCCAAGUGUAUAGAGGCUAUUGCCACUCCAACGAAUGAUAAUAAGAUGGUCAUGAACUUCCUCAGGAAGAAUAUCUUUAGCCGUUUUGGAGUCCCCCGAGCACUUAUCAGUGAUGGAGGGAGUCAUUUUUGUAACAGACCACUAGAAGCUCUCCUCCUACGAUAUGGGCUGCACCACGUCCAGCCUGCCUCGCCAUCGCCGCCGUUAUUAUUGCCGACGAAGAGGACGCCGUCGUCGCUGUUCAAGGAGGAAGGAAGAACCGCGCGAGAGCCAAGGGAGGAGGGAACCUUUGCUGCGUCGCCGUCAGCGCUGUGGGUUGCCGCUGCUAUCCUCGCGAGCUGCCACUGCGUCGCCGUUACUGAGCUGCAGCGCCGCCGUUGUCGCACCCUGCUGCUGCCAUGUCUCACCAAGCCGUCACUGGAGGAGGAAGUUGCUCUACCACCCUCCGAGCUUGCUGUUGCAGUUGCCUAUACCGCUGCCGUAGCUUCUUCGUUCUGUUAUUACUUUCUAAUUGUUGUAAGACAUUCUUGCUGUUAUCUCAAUCUGAGUUAG